UAAGAGUACAGGGUAGGAUGUGUUAACGAGGCCGGGCAGUUGGUCUUGUAAACAGUUCCUCCGAAAUGACAUGUACGUAGAAAUUGUGCUAAACACAGAGAGCUAAUCGGCUGACAGCUUCAUACGUGUUUGAGGACACCAGAGAUCAUGUCAGCAGUCAAGAUUGCCAUGCAGCAGAGCCAGAAGAGUGGCAGAAAGAAGACCUCCAAAGCAAUGUCUGCAGAGGUGUCGCCAGACUCCAAGUGUCCUAUCUGUUUGGACACAUUUAACAAUAUUUCUUACCUGGACCUCUGCCUGCACAAGUUCUGCUUCCGGUGUAUUCACGAGUGGUCCAAGAACAAAGCCGAGUGUCCUCUAUGCAAACAGCCAUUUAAUUCCAUCUAUCACAGCAUAAAAUCAGAGCAAGACUUUAAGAAGUAUGACCUGCAGCCGCUGGAUAACGGCUCUUUUGGGACUUUUGGGGGAGUGCGGUUUAGAUACCGCACAACUGUUACCGGAUUCCAUCGACAGAUGCAGAGAAGGACCUCUCCACCUCCAGACAAUGGAGUAAUGUUUGAAGCCUCGACAAACGCUCCCCAGCAGCCACAGGACCGCUAUAUCCGGCGGAUGAUGAUGAGGUUGGCAGCCAAAAGGAGAGCUGCAAGUGAAGGGAGGGCAGUGAACCGUGUCAGAGAGCAGGAAAUAAUAAACUUCAGGAGGGAACUGUACCGACAGGGGGUGAGGGUUCGGGAUGUUCGUGAUGGCGGCCGCUCCCGAGACACCACGGCAGAGUUCUUCAGAAGAAAUCCUGCCUGCCUACAUAGACUGGUCCCCUGGCUAAAAAGAGAGCUUGUUGUGCUAUACGGGGCCCACGGCUCUUUGGUCAACAUAGUCCAACACAUCAUCAUGUCACGCAUUACACGUUAUGACAUGGAGGAUGGAGCUAUUCAGGAAGAGCUCAGGCCGUUCCUCCAGGGGCGCACAGAGCACUUUCUGCACGAGUUCAUCAGCUUCGCAAAGUCCCCCUUCAAUAUGGAGGCCUACGACGAGCAUGCUGUCUACGACUGCCCAGCCCCUUCCUCCAAUGAAGACAGCAGCUCCAACUCGUCUGUAAUAGCUAUCUCAGAGGAUGAGGAACACUCAAUGGAGUUGGACCCCCCAGGAGAUUCCACGUCUACUCUGAGCCACUCCGUGUGGGAUGAUGAGACACCGGGACCAUCAUAUUCUACGACAGCAGAGCAGAGCAGGGUGGAGUGUCUGUCAGUCCUUGACUCAGACUCAGACAGCAGUUUAGAGGAGGAGGCACAGGACUUUGGGGUUUCUCCGCAGCAAAUGAGUCCUCUUAACCAGACAGACAUGACUCAGGUUGAAGUUAACAAGGAAGAGUGUUUGUCCUGUGACAGUGAUGACUGUGUCAUUGUAGGUUAUGUUAAGCCAACAGCAGAGAGGACUCCUGAGCUGGUUAAGCUCUCCUCUGACUCUGAUGAGUCUGCCAUGGAAGAUACUAAAGAAGUGCCUGUUCGACCUCAGCACAUCCGCUUCUGCAGUCUCAGUCCUAUAGCUUCACAGAAUAGUGAUCCAGGUGGUGCUGGAGGGUCAGAAAAUGUAGAAACAGACCGUUAUCUGGAUUCAAAAGAAAGAUGGAGAUCUUUGACAUCUAGCAGACACGAUAUGUCAGGACAGUCAGACAGAAAAGACACAGAUAGACGAUUUGACAGUAAUAAUAGAGCUAGAGAGAGACACUUGUCAAAGGACGAAGAACGUAGGAGAAGGAGGAGGUCAAGAAGUGGAGAGCACAGAUACUCUUGCAAGAGCCCGGUGGUCUCCCACAGCAGUGUCAGCACUCUGUCAAGAGAACGAGGUAAUUCUUAUUCCAGUGGUAGAGACUUCUACUCAGAAUGUGACAGUAACUAUAAAAGCAGGGAUGGUGGUCACAGCUAUCAGUCAUAUAGGCAUUACAGCCAAGAGAGAAGUGAUAGUGGUGUACAUUACACAGAGAGGCGGUCCUAUUACUACAGUAGCCGUAAAUACUCUGAUCAGCGCUCGUACUCCCGCUCCAGGAGCCGCAGCAGGGACUCGCGGAGACGGGACAGGAGGCAUUCUCGAUCAAGAACUUAUUCCAGCAGUCGCUCCCCUUCCGUGAAAAAGAGAUCUCACCACGACAAGCCUGGUGGAAAGAGGAAACACAAAACAAGACAUCUGGAGGAACCGCCGGAAAAUGCACUUCCCAACUCACAUGCCGAAGGUGACUCUCCCACGUCCUCAACAAAACACAAGAAAAGGAGCAAAGAGAAGCAUUGUAAAAAAUCCAGAGAGAGAUCCAGAAAGACUAGCAGGAGCCUCAGUGUGGAGCUCGUUAAUGAGGAAAACUCCAGUGAGCGGAGCAAACGUCACCAUAAGAAAAAGAAGAAACACAAGAAGAAAAGCAAAAGGCACAAGAGUAGAGAACGCAGAGAGAAGGGCUCGCCCUCUGUCAUAACCAUUGAGAGUGACAGUGAUGCCAAGGACAGCGUCGCCCACACCAGCAGCACUAAUAAGGACGCCCCCGUCGACAAUACCACAGAUGACCUGGUAGACCCAGUAGACCCCACACCUCGCUGCUCUAAUGUGUAGUUAUAUGAAAAUUCUGAUUUCUGCUGUUUGUGUGUGUGGUGGGAAUUGAUGAAUUCACCCUCAGCUGCUAAUGCCUGUCAGCAGUAUUUUAGAUCAAAACAAUGAUCAAUAUGUUGAAGGUCACCAGACCCUUUAAAUGCCACUGCAAGUGAUUUCUAAUGUGCCAGUUCGUGGGACGCUGGUUUACAUGACAGACUCAAAUAUCCAUGUUGAACCGGAGAAUGGUCAUCAUUGGGUACAUGACUGUUCUAGACCAUCCAGGUCUAGUUUCUUAACUGUGUUAACUAACACUUGAAACAGUCCUGUUAUAUGUGCAAAGUGCCACUAUGAGCAAGGCAGAAUGGACUAAUACUGGCAGUCACACAUCCUUUUUAAGUGUUAAUUCUAAGUCUGUAAAUUCUUUUUUUUUUCUUUUUUCAAUGGAUGUAUUUUAUUUCUAAGGUACUCUCAGGGAUAAGGUUGAUUAUAGUGUUUUUUUGUUAUAUGUCAGCUAUAUUCUUGAGACAAAACAAUUUCUACCUGCUGCUCGUGGAGUGGUUCUUAUUAUGAUUUCAGAAUGGGCUCUUUUGUA